AUGCCCUACCUCGAUCGAAACGGCGUGAAAAUAUACUACCAAGUUCACGAUAGAGGCAACGACAGCGACAGGGACAGCAAUGCGGCCCCCCUCCUCCUCCUCACCCACGGCUUCUCGUCCACCUCGGCCAUGUGGGCGGCCCAGAUCCCCGCCCUGUCCCGCCAUUUCACGCUCGUAACAUGGGACAUGCGCGGGCACGGCCACUCCGACUACCCCGCCGACCCGGCCGCGUAUUCCGAGUCCCACACCGUAGAAGACAUGGCCGCGAUCUUGGACGCCGCGGCAGGCGGAGGGUCGCCCUCCAGCUCCCACACCCACGCCCCAGCUAUCGUGGGCGGCCUCUCCCUCGGCGGCUACAUGAGCCUCGCGUUCUACCGGACGUACCCGGCGCGCGUGGCCGCCUUACUCAUCAUCGACACGGGGCCCGGGUUCCGCAACGACGACGCCCGGCGCAAGUGGAACGACACGGCCGAGCAGACCGCCCGGUCGUUCGAGGUGCGUGGAUUGUCCGUCCUCGGCGGCAUGAGUGCCGAGCGCGCGGGCGUCGCGCAUCUGCAUAGGGAUGCGACGGGCCUGGCGCGCGCCGCGAGGGGCAUGCUCGCCCAGCGCGACGCGCGGGUGAUUGCGUCGUUGGGCGACGUGAAGGUGCCGAGCUUGGUUGUCGUCGGAGCGGAGGAUACGCCGUUCUUGGCGGCGAGCGAGUAUAUGGCCAGGAAGAUUCCGGGGGCGAGAAAGGUCGUCGUCCCGAAGGCCGGGCAUGCGGUUAAUAUUGAUAAUCCCGAUGGGUUUAUGGAGGCUGUGAUGCCCUUUUUGGACGAGGUCAGGCGAGAGGGAGGAGGAGCAGGAGGAGGUGAUAGGGCGAAGUUGUGA